GUCCUUUUUUGCAUCAUGCCGGCGGUGAAGGUGGCGAUCGUCCAGUUCGAGCCCGUGCUGGGCGACGUGCCCCGCAACAUGGCCCACGUCUCGGCGAUGCUCGCCAAGCUCUCGGACUCUGACAGCAUCGACAUUCUCCAGCUCUGCGAGAUGCCGUUCACGGGCUACUGCUUCAAAGACCGCACCGAGAUUGCGCCGUUCGCCGAGCGCCCCGACAGCGGACCCACGUUUACUUGGUGUCAGGCGCAGGCCCGCCGCCUACGCUGCCUCGUGGCAUGCGGCUACGUCGAGCGCGGCGAUGGCGACGCCUUGUACAACGCGAUGAUGGUGCUGAGCCCGGACGGCGACCUUGUCUACAACGCGCGCAAGACGUUCCUGUACGAGACGGACAAGACGUGGGCGACGCCGAGUCCCACUGGUUUUGGCUCAUGGUACUGUCCGUGGCUCCAGCGGCAGCUCUCGUUUGGCAUUUGCAUGGACAUCAAUCCCGAUGACUUCAAGGCGCCGUGGGAAGCGUACGAGUUUGCGACGAGCAUUGUCGAGGCCAAGAGCUCGAUCGUUCUCUUCUCGAGUGCAUGGAACGACCAUAGCCCGCACGAGACGAGCAACUCGGCCAUGCCAACCAUCCAGUACUGGGCCAAUCGGCUCGUCCCAGUCAUUGAAGCGGCCCGCGCUGCCUCGACGGACUGCUACUUUGUCUGCUCCAACCGAACCGGCAUCGAGCGCGGCACGCCCUUUGUUGGCGGCUCGUGCGUCUUGUCGCUGCGGGAGCCCGCCAUCUUGACCAGUGUCGGGCGGUUUGACGAAGCUGUCCUGGUCGCUACGUUGCUGUAGAGGCCUUUUGUCUCGUACAAGCGCACAGUACUACACAAAUAACGGUCUGCGUUAUGGGCUACAUUCUCAAAGCCGACGUCGUUUCGCAGAGCAUAAAACUUGAAGUCAGCUUGUUCCGACGACGUAGAGCAACUACAAUUGAUACUCAGCUACUACGACGCCACCAACUUCAAGCACGCACCCUAGACACCCAACUUGGUACGUGGCGAGUCGCUUUUACAAGGCGCGUGGCGAUAUUAUGUCGGCGCUUCUUCAACCAAGGAAGCUGGAAAUAAAUAGUAGAUAUCAAACAAUACCAGCUACAAACACG